AUGUUUCAAGCUUCCAGUGUACCGACAGAGGUGUCCAAGCGGAUCCAGGGCACGGUCUUCGAUCCAUCUAUCGGAGGUUGCAACUAUCCUUAUGCCAGUAGCCGAGUCGAAUGCGGCGGUAACUCGUUGGACAUCAGCUUCAGGCAAGCGCAAUCAGAAGAAAACUCCACUUUGCCUUCCUCUCCAGCUGGCCAAAUAGGCAAUCAAUGCACUCAAGACGGAUUCUUAGGAGACCCUAGCGACUGCAAGAAGUUCUACCGAUGUGUGAACAGUGGAAAAGGCAGCUUCAUCCGCUACGAGUUCAGGUGCGGUCCUGGAACCGUAUGGGACACCAACGCGCUGUCCUGCAACUAUCCUUGGGCGGCCAAUCGGCAGGGCUGCACUGCUGACGAAGGACAAUCGUCUUCCAGCCAACAAGGUUCAUCUCAGGGUUCAUCUUCGAGCCAACAAGGCUGGGGAACAGGUUCUAGCCAGCAAGGAACAUCGUCCAAUCAACAAGGUGGUCAGCAAGGUUGGGGAACUGGCUCUAACCAGCAAGGAACAUCGUCCAAUCAACAAGGUGGUCAGCAAAGUUGGGGAACUGGCUCUAAUCAGCAGGGUACAUCGUCCAGUCAACAGUCCGGUCAGCAAGGUUGGGGAACAGGCUCGAAUCAGCAAGGAUCAUCGUCCAAUCAACAAGGUUGGGGAACUGGCUCUAGCCAGCAAGGAACAUCGUCCAAUCAACAAGGUGGUCAGCAAGGUUGGGGAACUGGCUCUAACCAGCAAGGAACAUCGUCCAAUCAACAAGGUGGUCAGCAAGGUUGGGGAACUGGCUCUAAUCAGCAGGGAACAUCGUCCAAUCAACAAGGUAGUCAGCAAGGUUGGGGAACUGGCUCUAAUCAGCAGGGAACAACGUCCAGUCAACAGUCCGGUCAGCAAGGUUGGGGAACAGGCUCGAAUCAGCAAGGAUCAUCGUCCAAUCAGCAGUCUGGUCAGCAAGGUUGGGGAACUGGCUCUAGCCAGCAAGGAUCAUCGUCCAAUCAACAAGUCUGGUCAGCAAGGUUCAUCGUCCAAUCAACAGUCCGGUCAGCAAGGAUGGGGCACAGGGUCGAAUCAGCAAGGAUCAUCGUCCAAUCAACAAGCUGGUCAACAAGGUUGGGGAACUGGCUCUAA